AUGCCACCGAUAAUUCCAAAUGGACAAUUUAUGGACACAUCAGGUUCUCAAAUGAAACCCAUUAAUCCAAUACCAGGUCCACAAAUGAAUUCAAUUAGGAAACCAAUGCAAAGUUCUCAAAUUAACUCUGCCAAUGCACCACCGGUGGCAAGUUUACAAAUGAAUCCAAUUAACACGCCAAUAACAAAUUUUCAAAUGGCAAAUCUUCAAAUGAAUCAGAUUAAUCAUAUGCCACUUGUGCCACUGCCAAAUCGAAAACAUCAUCAAAUGGUUCAGCGAAGACAAGAAAUCGUAAAACUUCUCAAAAAUGUAGUGUUUACUGGAUCACCAAAAGCCACCAAAAUCAAUGUUCCUUUUACUAUUAACAUCAACGACCCAAUUUUUCGGUUUCUUGAUUGUUGUGAAUCAUUCAAGAACCCACCACCUCAGCCUAGUGACAAUAAAAAGUAUGACAUUCUCCUAAAACUCAAGCAAGAGGCUAGCAUAUUGAAUGAAUUACAUCGAGGUAUAGUAGAACCUCGACAUAUUCUUGACGUUCGGGGUGCUGAAGAACGAAAACUCGGUAAUUACCCAUUAUUCAAGUGUAGUAUGUGCCCAUCUAAUAGUAAGGAAGUAAAGGUUUACAGAAAAAUAGUAAAACAUAUUAUGGCAGUACAUGGUUUGGAUAUCGAGAGUCAGAGAUUAUCGAGUUAUAUAGAAGUAGAUCCUAAAUCGGUAGUCAACUACAUUCAUUUCGCUUUUAUACCUGAAAUCCGUCCACUUGAAAUCCGUCCAAAGAUAACUAAAUAA